AUGUCGUUCUCAUUUGGUUUCAGCGGCGAUGACAUCGAGGUUGACGGCCAAGCCACAGAGCACGAGGCUCUCACCAACAAGAUCUCCGAGUGCGCACUGUCCGACUCAAGAGAGUCCCCUCAAAACACCGUAGAGCCCAAGAGACACUCACUGGAAGAACUGUUAGCAUCGUUGCCAUCCCGGGUAUCGUACGGCACGCUGCGCAUACCUAGUUUCUCAGAAUAUGGGAAGCUACGCGACAUCAACUCCAAUGACCCCGGAGCCGUGACGUCCGUCUACCGUCGCUCGGUGUUUGACAUCCGCGCUCAACUCAUGGCUGAAGCGAACCCGUCCGCGGAAGAGGAAGAAGAGGACACGGCCAGAACGCUCCUCUCGGGCCUAGAAAGCGGCGACCUCUCGUCAGGCAUCUACGAGGGAGGCUUCAAGACGUGGGAGUGCGCACUCGAUCUGGCCUCCCUCGUCAUCACGGAAAAAGAUGUGUCCGGUUAUGGUCAAGGUCAGGAGAACGAAGACGACGACGACGGGCCAGAGGCCUGGGAGGUCGUCGAGCUCGGCGCGGGAAGUGCUCUGCCGACUCUCGCGCUCAUGCAGAAAUUCAUCGACAGGAGACGAGAGAGACCAACAACGCACGGUGGGAGCCUCAAAGUGACGUUGUGCGACUACAACGCCGACGUCCUCCGGCUGGCGACCGCUCCCAAUGUCUUCCUCAAUUACCUGUUCGCUUCUUCUGGGAGAGUCUCUCACCCUCUCGAUGACCGGGGGAACCCGGCCGACGGGGACCUCGACCUCGAAGAACUAGGAGGCGAGGCCCUCGUGAGUCGCACCAUCCAAGACAUGACAGCCGACGACAUAUCGUUCGAAUUCAUAUCGGGGGGAUGGGGCCCGGCAUUUCUAGACCUGGUCUAUCCGCCAUCACCGCCAUCACCGCAGGCAUCACUUGGGGAAACGGAUCACCAGCACCCACCCAAACCCACGAACCUGCUCAUAUUGGCAUCCGAGACAGUCUACUCGCCCUCCUCGAUCAAGGCGUUUACAGAAACCGUCCUCGGUAUCCUAGCUUCUCAUUACCGUCGCUUUACGGCCGCGCCCGUUAUAGGGAGGCCUAGUCCACCACCCAGAGCCUGGGUCGCCGCAAAGAGGGUCUACUUUGGCGUCGGCGGCGGAGUGGACGAGUUCGUCAGGGAGGUGGAAAGGCUCGGUGGGAGGAGUCGCGUCCUUGUGGACGUCCAGGACGCAGGCGUGGGAAGGGUCGUGCUGGAGGUGACUCUGUCCCCGGCUUUUAUGGAUAGUGCUGCCAAUACAUAG